AUGUCAAUGUCAAUGUCACAGCCAAUUUGGGCACAUUCAUCAACGAUUGAAUUUGAAGGAUAUCAUAAUAAUAAUGGUGAUGAAGACGAUCAUGAACAAGGAGGAGGAGGUAAGAAGAGGAAAGUUCCAAUCAAUAACACUCAAUCAUCUCAUUCAUCUCAAUUGAAACGACAAUCGUCAUUCCCAGAAUUAGAUAGUAUCAAUUACGAUCGUCAAGAUCAAAACCAAGGCCAACGUCAAGCCCAACGUCAAGGUCAACGUCAAGGUGAAAAUGGUAAUUCGUCUGGCUCGACUCAUGCUCCUGGAUAUAAAGAAAGUUAUACUCCAAGAGAGAGAGAGGGAAAUAUGGGAUCCACGAAUAAUAACUCUAAUGGCGGAUCAACGUCAGCACCCUUCUCAAACUCCAGAAGUAGAUUCGUUCAACAAGCUUCAUCAAAACCAAAUUCAUCAAAUAAUAAAUUCAAAUCAAAGGCCAAAAAAAUCAAUGAAUGGAAGAAAGAAUUAUUCAUUAAACGUAAAGCUGUUUUCAUUUCAUUAUAUAUCGAUGCUCAAACCGCUUUGGCAAAUACUUCUAUCUCCAGUUCUAUCCCUACUACUGCUACCACUCCUGCGGCAUCUUCAAAUUCAAAUCCAAAUUCAGGUUUAAACAACUCCAACGUCAACACUAAUGUCAAUAAAACCGGUGCACCUACACCUAGAAAAACCAAUUUACCUGAUGUAAGUGAAUUUGAGAAAUUGUUGCCUUCAUUAGAGGACGUUUCUCCAAGUUCUUGGCUACCUGAUAAAUCAGGUUGGAGAAAUAACAAUAUAAUAUCUCAACAACAAUUACAAUCCAGAUGGAGGAUACCAAUUAGAUUCAGAAGGAAUUUGAACAAGAACAGUGGUGAAAAGAAAGAAAAGAAAGGUUGGGCACCGGAAGGGAGUUUUGAAUUUGAAAUGGAAUGUAAAGCAUCUGCAACUCUUCGUGCUAAAGCCAGAGAACAAUCGGCUUUACUCCAGUUAGCAAAUGAAUUACGGGCUUUGAUUUUGACUGCCAAUAAAUCAACUCCAGUCGUAACUACCACCACCACGACAACAACGACACCCUCACAUUCAACCAAUCAUGAUGACAAAUCACCUUCUAAAUCAAGGCGUAAAUUAGCGAAUAAGGAUAUCAACGUGAACUCAACAUCGACGAAUAUCAAUGCAAACACUAAUGCACCAGCUACAAAUGGUACGAAAGAAGAGAGUCAAGAAAUGUCACAAACUCAUUCUGUCGAUUCAAACGAGACUAAAAACACCAACGUAUCAGGAAACAAGAAAAAACCUAAAAAAAAGAAGAGAAGCGUUUUGGCUAAUCAAAGUAAUCCUCAUCAUGUUGAUAACUAUCGACCUUCAAGGACAGUCUCACCACAUGGAGAUCCAUAUGAACCUUAUUCAUCACACUUAUCAUUAUUCAAUCCACCCCCAAUGCAGUUCUUGGCGACUCGAUCAAAUAGGAGAAUCGAUUCGGAACGAUCUGGAUUAGUCUCAAUAGCUAUAAGACCAGCAGAAGAUGAUUAUAUAUGUUGUUUCUGCGAAUUUGACCUCUACUACUCGACUGAAAAAGCCAGGAAGAAGGCUAUCAGAAGAAGGAAAAGGGAAAUCAAACGAAAAGAGAUAAUCAAGAACAAAGCCAAGAAUGUAGCCGAAGGUAAAAAAGGUCUAAGAGAUGAUCAAGAUCAAAGUGAAAGUGAAUAUGAAUCAGAAGAAGAAGAUGAGGAUGAGUUUGCUGGUGACGAUAACGAUAUAUGUCAUGAAGACGGGCAUGGUCGUUGCACGUGUGGAAGAAGAGUCAAAAAACCAAAACCUGAUAGAGAUAAAGAUAGAGAUAGAGAUAGAGAUGUUGAUUGA